AUGUUACAAGAAUACCAUCGACAAACAACAAUCAAACCAUUUGCACCCAUACUCAAAGAUCGAAGCACAAAACGAUGGGAUAGUGAUAUUUCUAUUCCAACAAAUAUAUCACUUUUAUCUGUUUCAAGUUCAUCGAAAAGUAUUCAUGAUGACAAUGAGAUCGAUGAUGAUCAACAUUCACGUGAUAGUGAUUCAUCAAGUUCUAAAGAAAGUGUUUCUUCUCUACUUAAUGAAUCGGAAGAAUAUAAAGCAAAGCAUGUUAACCUUGAUCCAUAUAUUUUUAAUAAACAUUUAAAUGGAAUACCAUGUACUAUUAGUAAUUUAGUAGACGCUGAUAUUGAUGAAUCUGUUAAUGAGUUAUUUGAUGAAAGUAAAUCAUCAUAUCGACAACAAAAUGAUGAAUAUAAUCCACGUUCAAUUCGUCCACCAUCAUUUUCUCAGUAUAUUAGACAAGUUCAAGAAUCAAGAACAAAACCAAAACCAAUUCAACGUCGAUCAGCUCGUAUUCCUGUUCGAACAACAAAAGCUGAACAAUUAAAACUUGCACGACAACAAUCAGCUAAUGAAAAUAUGUCUAAUUUACCUUAUAUACGUCCUUUUACAACUAAAUCACAAAUACGACCUUCGACAAUGUCUUCAAUAAAUCGUACUUCACGUACACGAACUAAUAGUAAUAGUAGUCCUAGACAAUCGGAAUCUGCUCGAUCAUGUAAACUAGCAGUUGGUUCGAAUGAUCCUUUACAGCUCUCAGCAAUGCUUGCUAAACAAAUGCGUCAAGAUAUUCAGAGUAAUAGAGUUCCAGCUUAUUCUAAACCAUUAAGUAGUGCAUUACUCCGUGAACAACCUCAUCCACCACUUAAUCAACAAUAUAAAAUGAAACGUAUUCAUAAUUGGCUUAAAAAAACUGCUCCAUCAGAAUAUCUUGAAUAUAAUGAAUAUGCAUCAAAUGAAAGUGCACGUGGAACAAAUUUCAAUGAUAAACUUGAUGGUGAAUAUGAUUUACUUUCUGAUGAAAAACGAGGAAAUAAUAUCGAAAGAACAUAUAAUGAAGCUCAUCGUGUAUUACCAUUAUUUAAUUCUGAAAUUUAUCGACAAAUGCAACAACGUAAUUUAUUAUUAACCCGUAUUGAAUUAGACUUAUACGUUAUUUGA